AUGGCGGCAAAUGUUUUCUUUGAACACGACGAAGAAGAAUUUGAACAAAAAUUCAAUGAAUCUGUAUUGAAUCUUAUAGAAGAGCAACCUCGUCAUGAAGGGACCGAGCAUAAUGAAGAAGAAGAGCUCGUAUUUAAUGAGGAUAGUAUGGAUAUAUUGGAUCAAAUUGGGAGAGCUUUGGAAAAGUACACUUCUAUUUUACUCAAACGGUUGAAUGCUACAUUAGAAGAAGCAGUGAAUGAUCACAUUGCUCAAAUGAUCAAAGAAGAAGUUGCGAUCAAUGUGCAACGGGAGUUUGAAAAGAGGGAUGCCAAGGAUAAAGGCAAGAAAAUUGAAGAUGAAAAGGAGGUUGAGGUGACGGGGGAAAAGAUUUAUAAAAAGAAAUUCACUUUCCGAGAUUUUGAAGUAUGCCACCCACCAGAGUAUCACGGUGGUCGUGAUCCAAUCGUUUGUACCCGGUGGAUAUCGGAAAUGGAGGGGGCAUUCCGCACUAGUCAAUGCCCCUCACACUUGAAGGUGAUCUUUUUGGUUGGUGUGUUAAGAAAUAGUGGAAAGAGAUGGUGGGAUGGUUUGUUAGCUAUUAAGACGGGGGCACUAGAUGAUGUUGAAUGGCCCGAAUUCAAAGAAAUGUUUUUCAAGGAGUUCCGGUCGGAAGCCGAGGUAACUAAGAUGAGGAGUGAAUUCCUCAAUGAUUGUCAAGGUAGUAUGAGCGUAAAUGAAUUCCGGGCUCAAUUCUUGGACAAGGCUCAAUUUUUUCCGGAAUUUCUCGAGAAUGAUCAAUUGCUCAAGGAGCAAUUUUACUUGAAGUUGAAGAAGAGUUUGCGGGAGAAGAUUAGUUUUCGUCAAAUGGAGUCUUUUUCCAUGUUGGUGGAUGUGGCUAGAGAUCACGAAAUUGAAAUGGCGAGAGUGGAUGAUAGUGAUUUAAAAAGGAAGCAUGAAGACGUAAGUUCUCCAAACAAGAAACCUAGACAAGAAGGGAAUUCCGGUAAUCACUUUAAUAAAAGAGUUCCAUUUUGCCGCCAAUGCAAGAAGAAUCAUUCGGGGGUAUGUAGAGCGGCGGAGAAAGGGUGUUAUACAUGUGGGAAGCCGGGGCAUACUAGCCGGGAAUGUAGGUCCAAACCUCACAAGCCCGUUAUUUGUUUCAAAUGCUUUGAAGAGGGUCAUAUGAGAAGUUCAUGCCCUAAGUUGACCGAAGAAGAAAGACUUGAAGAAAGGAGGAAAGAGGCGGAGAGGAGAAAUACUCAAGCUCAUGGAAACCCGCGUGGAAGAUCUUUCCAACUCACGGUGGAGCAAGCAAGAAACACGGAUGAUGUAGUUACAGGGGCGAAUAGAUCAUUCGUUGCAACUAGAGUAAUUCAUAUUAUUCCCGUGUCUAAGUCAUGUUUAGAAAAUACUUUGCAAGUUGAGGUUGGUAAUGGUAGGAUGGAAUUAGUGAAGGAUGCGUAUAAAGGGUGUGAAAUCAAAAUCUCUUUGGAACUCUUCCAAGUUAAUCUAAUUCCUUUUCCAAUGGGAGAGUUUGACAUAAUCUUGGGUAUGGAUUGGUUGAGCUCUUGUAACGCUAAAAUCGCAUGUGACGAGAAGCUGAAAGAACGUUCUAUACCCGUGUGCACUUUUGCUCGUGCCAAACGUUACAUAUCCCAUGGAUGUCACUCUUAUCUUGCUCACAUCAUUGAUGUUGAGAAUAAACCUCCUUCUAUCGAAGACAUUCCCAUUAUUAAAGAUUUCGUCGAUGUUUUUCCCGAAGACUUGCCGGGCAUUCCUCCCGAACGGCAAGUUGAAUUCUCCAUUGAUUUAACUCCGGGGGCUAACCCCAUCGCUAAAGCUCCUUACCGUUUGGCUCCAACAGAAAUGCAAGAAAUGAUGAAACAACUUGAAGAAUUGCUUGAUAAGGGUUUCAUUCGACCUAGCAACUCUCCUUGGGGUGCGCCGGUACUAUUUGUCAAGAAGAAGGAUGGAAACAUGCUACGUGAAGAAGAUAUUCCUAAAACCGCCUUUCGGACUCGUUAUGGUCAUUUUGAGUUUGUUGUUAUGCCUUUUGGACUCACAAAUGCUCCCGCGGCUUUCAUGGACCUCAUGAACCGUGUUUGUCGUCCUAUGCUCGAUAAGUCCGUGAUCGUCUUCAUUGACGAUAUUCUCAUUUAUUCCAAAAGUUCAUCCGAUCAUGAAGUUCAUUUGAGGGAGGUGUUGGAAACUCUACGUAAGGAGAAACUCUAUGCCAAAUUCUCCAAAUGUGAAUUUUGGUUAAGAGAAGUGCAAUUUCUUGGUCAUGUUGUUAAUAGUGAAGGAAUCAUGGUGGAUCCGGCUAAGAUUAGUGCGGUGAUGAAGUGA